CAAACCAUAAUCAACCCUAAAUUACCAACUUAAGACUAAAGAUGAUAAUUUUGCAAUUAUCCUCCUUGAAGCUCGUGGGUAGAUGAGAUAGGUUAGAUAUAUUCCAGAAAUCAUUAUAAAUUAAUUAUAAAGGUAAAAAUAAAAAUAAUAAUGAAAAUUAAAUGAUAGUUUUUUGUCUCAAUAUAUAAAUCAAUUUAUUAAUCUAUGAAUUAGAAUAUUGAAUAUAUUAUUCCUUUGCAAAUGUAAUUAAUUUGUAAAUAUUUUUAUUUUUGUUAAUUUCGGUAUCAAUUAGUUCAUCUGCAACCUACUCUGUAGAGUACCCCACUAUCGAUGAUGCCAAUGAGUUCGCCGUGACAUAAGGUUACGUACCGCAUCUUCAACCAAGAUAAAUUGAUCUCUCAUCACCAGCGCACAACCUCAUCUUGCCGUACCACGCCUGAAGAAUUAACCAUGUCUCUCACACAGUUACAAAACCUAUUACCUCUACCAGAGGAAGACUUAAAGCAAGUACUGGAUUAUGCAAACACACUUUCCAAACCAGCUGCCGCAGAUCAUUUCAACAAUCUACUAGGAGAAUCACCCGGCAGUAUCGAAUUUAUAUCUUCAUUCAAUGCUAGACGGCAAGAUCCUACCAUUAAAUCAAAUCCGCAGACACAGACAUACUCACAGGCAUCAGCACAAUCCCCCGCCCAAACAUCAACAUCAACCGGAGUACCUAAAUCAACUCGGGCACCAAAAAAGAAGAAAGCACCUAUCCAUACACCAGCACCGCGUCAAGUCCAAGAUACAUAUACGGGGCAAGGAACGGCGUAUAAAAAGAAAGACGAAGAUGAUUAUGUAUCUCGAAAAUCCACACCGGUAUCUUCCUCCAAGCCUACAGCAACAACCAACUCUUUCGCGCUCGACAGCACUCCCUCCGCGAUCCAGGCGCCCACCCCUCGUCCCCCUCCCUCCGCUGCUGGCAGCCUAAUAUCCGAUUUUGGAAAGAAAUCCAAAUCUACCUCUUCCUCUCGCGCCGCAUCUCAAAAUCCCUCUCGCAAUGCUUCUCCGGCUCCAAAAACAAAAGUAAACAUCACAGGUGGAAAUGCCAUGCAUGGUGCCUCAACCGUUCUCAAUGAUCUCGACGCCGCAAUCCGCACGCUAGAAAUAUCCACAAAUGCCUCACUCUCUACCGACCCCUCAAAGAGAAAAUGUAACUGUAUAGCAACUCGUCAUGCAUUGCUAGCCGCAGCGCCCAAUUGUCUCAACUGUGGAAAGGUAAUCUGUGUAAAAGAAGGUCUUGGUCCAUGUACAUUCUGCGGUUCUGCUAUUUUGGGAAAAGAUGAAAUCCAAUCCAUGAUCCGCACACUCAAAGAAGAACGCGGGGUUGAAAAACAAAGAUUAGACGCCUCUUCUCAUCGACGGGCUGAAGUAUCUCGAACACCUGCUCCUUUCUCCGCACCAAAAACACUCGAUAUGACACCUGCGGAACAAAAAGCCAAAGAACAUCGCGAUAGAUUAUUGGGAUUCCAGGCGCAAAAUGCGAAGAGAACGACAGUUCGAGACGAAGCUGCGGAUUUCGAUACAAGUUUAGCGACUAGUAUGGCGGUAGGAGGAGGAAGUGGAAUGGGUGGUAUGUGGUCUAGCCCAGCUGAGAGAGCAAGGGAAUUGAAGAGACAGCAGAGAGUUCUAGCUGAGCAGGAAUGGAACGCAAGACCGGAAUAUGAAAAGAGGAGACAGGUUGUUAGUGUGGAUUUGGUGAAUGGAAAAGUGGUGAAACGAAUGGCGAAGGUUGAGACGCCGAAGUUUGAGAGUGAUGGCGAAGAUAAUGAUGAAGAAGAUGCUAUGGAAAUUGAACAGGUGUCGGGACGUAAUGGGGGUGGUGGAACGUUUAGUCGCAAUCCGUUGUUGGCAGGUCUUAUUAAACCCAUUUGGAGCGCGGGGAAGGGGAAGGGGAAAGAAACGGAGACGGAAUCAGAGGUGGAUGGGGAUGCAUAUACUAGGAAAAAGAAAACGUGGCGAAGAGUACAGGAUGAUAUGGAUGAUAAUGAAGAGAUUAUAUUAGACGGAGGAGCUUUUGGUGGGGGUGAAGGACCUGGGAAGGGAAAUAGGAGAGAGGGGGUGGAGGAACGUGCUGUUGGUUUAGAUUAGUAGAUUGUGCAGCGAGCGGACGAAUGGAUAAAUAGAUCAUGAACUGAAGUACAGAACUUCGCUAUUUAGAUCACUUUCUAUCAGAAUCUCUAAACGUGAUGUUGUAGUGAGUUGCAAACGAAAACUUCUAGUAUUGGGGUAUUGUUUGAGACACCACUGUACUGUACUGUCGAUCCACACAUCCCACAGAUGCCUAUUCCAUUGUAUCUCUUUUGUCAUAUGCCAUAUGU